AUGCUGCCACGGAGCCACGCAGGGGUGACGGUGCGGGACGAGCCUGAGGUGUUCCUGGAGAUGAUCAAGUUCGUCUACCUCAACACUUGCCACGUCGACCAGUCCAACGUGAAGGCGCUCAUGCACAUUGCCGACAAGUAUGGCGUGGAGGAUCUGGUCGCACACUGCUUGCAGUGGAUGCACGACCACUUCACGGCCAACCUGUUCUACCUGUUCCUGACCUUCAAGCUGUCGAACGAGCGGUUCGCGCAGAAGGUGCGGAGCAGCCUCCUGCUGGCCCUCCGGAGCCGGCGGCACUUCUCGCUGGUCACGGAGUCCGCCGAGAGCCAGUGGGAUGGCCUUCAGGUGUCGUUCGUGGAGGCGCUCCUGGACAACGACGAGCUCCCGGUGGUCUCGGAGGCCGAGGUGCUGAACUUGCUCGCCAAGUGGGCCAGCGGGGCGCUGGAGCGCCAGGGCGUGCGCGGCCGGUCCGCGGGCUCACUCGCAACGGGCUGUUCUGGCACCACAGGGCGCCCUGGAUCCGCUGCCGAUCGCCUGCCGUGA